CUCUGCCAGGUCUGUCGGGCACCGGUCAAGUCUUAUUUCUUCAGAGUGGACAGUUUCCAAAAAUCCUCCUGCCCAGGUCAGCCCCGGCCACGCAGGCCAGUACUGCAUCAAACGACAUGGCCCCAGCUUCAACUAUGGCUUCUGGUGGUCAGGUGAUGAGCACUGCAUCUACAACUAUGAACACCAUCAGCAUCGGAGGUACAGGCAUGAUAGGUCAGCCCAUGGUGUUACCUGGUAGCAAGAUGAUCAGGCAGAACUCUAACAUGGGACAAAUGGCCUCCUCCACUAAAGCCAAUAUCAUAACAGGAAGCGGCAAACCCAACAUUGGCCAGGGUGUGCCCAUCCUUGGCUUAAGCCCAGGGGUGUCCAUUUCUGGCCUCGCCCUAAACUGCACCAGCUCUGUGUCGGUUCUUACACCGGGCACCCCCAUCACAGCCC